AUGAACGGUCUCAGGAAUUUCCGAGCCUACAAACGAAUCAUCAAGAGGCUCAUCUUGGUUCUCAAUACGGAACAUAUCGAUCUUCAAACCAUAUGCGAGAAGCUCCUAACAGGAAUUGCACCACAGACGCGCAUCGAGGAAAUGAUUCGAGAUCCAUUCGGAGACCUUUGGAGAGAAGAAGAGAUCUUCAACAAGCUGCGCCUGAGGCUCUGGUCAUCGUUGCAGGUAUUCGAUGAUCGCGUGCAGGACAUGAGGGAAGCUAUUGAGGAGAUGAUGGAGAAGCUUAAUGUCGGUACAGACGGAAAGGCGGAAUGGGCUGAAAGCUCUUCGAUAAAAAAGCAGUUCAAGCGAGCAACAUUCAUCUUCCAAAAGUCGAAUCACGAGGAAGCCUUGACGAGGAUUCGAGAUGGUGUCUCAGCUCUUCAGCGCCUCGCAGCCCUCAACACGGAUCUGGAGACACAAAGAAAGUCUCGGUCACAUGGGAGACUUAACAAACUCGUCAACGGAAUGCUGAGUGGCAUAUAUUAUGCCCUACGGUCUACAAUGACUUGCAAAUGCUCGGGCCUACACGAUGUCGGGUUGAAGCUUACGCCGCCAUCACGGACUGUUGUUCCUGAGGAUGAGGAUGAGGAUAUUAUCAAGGACUUGCAGUUCCGCCUUGCAGUUUCAUACCUGACGGGAUCGCACGUCAAUACCUCAAAGCAAUGGAAUGAAAUUCUCUUGAGGAGUGGAGAGGAUUCGAAGAUGUCGACUGUUUCUUUCACUGCACAAAGUACAUGUGCUUCGAGGAAGACAGUUGGAUUUGCUGUCCCCUCAACCACCUCUUCAACAAACAGCCAGCAAUCGCAAACAGUUGUCAUCGAGUCAGCCCUAUCAAACCUCACACUCAACACUCUUAGAACAAUGUCUAAGCCUCUUUGUUCGAAACACAUCAGUAAUCUGUGCGAAACGAUGCAAACGAUGGGAAAGAAGAAGCAGGGCGAAAGAUGUGGACAUAUUCAGCACUGCUACAUGACGGAAACUAAGAAGUAUGAUGUCUACACACUUGAGUGUCUGGGAAGUUGUGAUGAAUGGUCCCUGGUACCACUAAAACAAGUGCUUCAAGAUCCAGCGCUGCUUUACGGUGAUAGGCUACGCUUAGCUUGGAUGAUCGCUUGUGGUGUCUUACAGAUGCAAGGUACGCCUUGGGUUGCGGACAUUCCAAGAAGUGAAGAUAUCUUCAUUGCCCAAAAGGGUGGUGUUCAUCAAUUUCAGCAUGUUUUUGUCCUCAGACACUUCCCAGAAUAUCCCAAGGUCAAUGCAUCAGUGUCACCAAACAACCCAUUCAUGCUUUAUCUCGGAAUUCUACUCAUUGAGCUCAUUCUCGGCCAAUCGAUAGCAACUCCAGACUCACCCCAGACUCAAACGUUAGAGCCCGGGUUACCAAGGCAUAUCCUUGACUACGAAGCUGCCAAUAAGCUUUUGGGAAGGGUCAUGAUGACUGGUGGCUCUGGAUAUUACAAUGCGGUCGAGCGGUGCCUACGAUCAGAUAUGCAAAUUGGUGCGUCUGGGAACUCGUGUUGCUUUCAAGGGGAUGUGAUUUCUGGAGUUCUUGAUCCUCUAGAGCAGGAUUUGCGAAGAUUGGUUGGAUGA